AUGUAUGAGUCUAAAUGGCAUCACUAUUUUGAUAAUUAUAAAGAUUUAUACACUUAUAAUGAUAUUGAAUAUUAUCAAGAUUUAUUAGUGAAAGUUGGUUUUGUUAAAGAGCAGACUGAAAUUACUGAGGAAAUAUUUGAAUAUAUGUUCAGUGAUAGAAAAGAGUUAAUUGGAUUUUUUAGUCAAACGUGGCCACAAUUGCAAUUUAUUCCAACAGAAUUAACAGAUCAAUUUAUGAAUGAAUAUGCAAAUAAUUUUAUUCGAGUGUUUUCUUCAGAAAAUGAGAGCAACAAAAUUCAGUUAAAAUUGAAAAUGAUGACAAUCUAUAUUAAACAAAAUAUAUACAAAUAA